CUAGGAAGACCGAAUGGAAAACAAAAUCUUGAGUUUGAUAACUCAUAACCCAAACGCAAUCUAACUGCAACCUCGAAAAGACAUAAUUUUUUCACAAAGAUAUACACACACUUUGUAGACUUUAAUUCCAAUCAUGUUAGGAAAAACAAACAAAAAGAAUAAUGAAAUAGCAAAAAAAAGAUAACCUUUCUUCUCACACCUUCACUUCUUUAACUUCCACUUUAAAAUUAAACACACACUCAUAAUCUUUGGCUUUUGCAAUAACAAAACCCCCCGUUCCCUUUGCCUUUUUGAUCCAUAAUUGUGUACUUCAUUGUAAGAAUUAGUUCUUCAAAAGAAUAUCACUUUCCUUUGUCAUUAAUUCAUUCACCAUCUUUAUGUCCCUAAACUAACCUCUCCAUCCAUCCAUCCACCCAUCCUUCCUUCUCUUUUAAAAAGCCCACAAGAGGCCACUCAUUGCCAUAAUUUCACAUGUUUUUCUAAGUUUACAAUCUUCAAACAAACAAGUUGUUAGGUUAAAUAUCUAUGGCAACUUUUGCUCUCAAUUGUUCUCUCUUCCUUUUCUUCUCUCUCAUUCUUAUUUCUGAUGCUGAAAUUUCAAGCAAGAUAGGAGUGAACUAUGGCCAACUUGGGAACAAUCUUCCACCUCCGAAUCUUGCCAUUGAAAUGAUGAACUCCAUGAAAGUUGGAAGAGUGAAAUUAUAUGAUGCCAACCACGAAAUCUUAGGCAAUUUAUCAAAAACAAAGUUUCAAGUUUCCAUUAUGAUUCCCAACAAUGAAAUUUCAGAUAUUGCUAACAACCAAACAAGAGCUGACCAAUGGAUCUCAAACAACGUUCUUCCAUUUUAUCCUCAAACAAUGAUUCGUUUCAUUCUUGUCGGAAAUGAAGUUUUGAGCUUUGAUUCUGAUAAGGAUCGUCAAGUUUGGAAUGAUCUUGUUCCAGCCAUGAGAAGGAUUUGGAGUUCCCUUAAAGCUAAUAACUUGCAGACCAUUAAAGUCGGAACUCCGGUCGCUAUGGACAUUUUGGAAACCACAUUUCCCCCGUCGAGAGGGACGUUUAGGUCAGAUAUUCAACAGACCGUCGUGGCUCCGAUGUUGAACUUCUUGAACGAAACCAGAUCCUUCUUUUUCGCGAACGUGUAUCCAUACUUUUCAUGGGCAGCAAACCCCAUGAAUAUCAACUUGGAUUUCGCUCUUUUCAAUGGAAAUUUUGAACAGAUCGAUGGAGGAAGUGGGCUUGUGUAUACUAAUCUUUUGGAUGAAAUGCUAGAUUCUCUCAUCUUUGCCAUGGCCAAACUUGGCUAUCCAGAUAUUCGGCUCGUUAUAUCAGAGACCGGGUGGCCAACUGCUGGAGAUAUCGAACAACCAGGUGCCAAUCUCCUCAACGCGGCAACCUACAAUCGAAAUCUAGUAAAGAGGAUAACAGCAAAGCCCACGGUCGGGACACCAGCGAGACCGGGGGUAGUGAUACCGACGUUCAUAUUUGCUCUCUUCGACGAGAACCAGAAGCCAGGGUCGGGUACAGAGCGACAUUGGGGGCUAUUGAGGUCAGAUGGGAGCCCAAACUACCAAAUCGACUUGACUGGAAAAGAGUCUUCGGUUGAAUACGAUCCGCUACCAGUGGUGGAGAACAAUGCGCCAUUUAGGGGAAGGUUGUGGUGUGUGGCGGCGAGAGGGGUGGAUUUGAUGGAGCUCGAGGCGGCAGUGGAUGACGUGUGCGGUCGAGGAGACGGGACGUGCGAGGCGCUGUCGCCGGGUAGGGAGUGCUAUGAGCCAGUAUCAGUGUAUUGGCAUGCAAGCUAUGCUUUUAGUUCAUAUUGGUCAAAGUUUAGGAGCCAAGGAGCAAGCUGUUAUUUCAACGGACUUGCUGAACAAACAACCGUUGAUCCUAGUAAUGGUUCAUGCAGGUUCCCAAGUGUGACAUUCUAAAGAGGACUUCUCAUAGGAUAUAAUAUCUUUUUUCUUUUUUAUUUUCUUCCCCAAAGGGAGAAAUAAAGUUAAUUAGUUUCAAUAAAGUCCAUUUUAUAUUUAUGAGAUACGUCAUGGAAAGUCUUUUUUUUUUUUUUUCUUUAAAAGGAUUUUGUAUCGUUUUAUAUGCCUAUCAAUUUAAUAAAAGCUACCAUACACAUAGAAUAUAAAAAUAUUAAAUCUCACAUAUUGGUUUAUAUAUAUAUAUAUAUAUAUU